UGGAAGGAGCUGGAAGGUAGUAGCGAGUGACAGUCGUACUGGAGCGGAUCUGUGGCAUGUGCCCUAAUGUUGCUCCGUACAGUGAAAUGUGAUACCAUGGUGUACCUCAUUCAUCGCGUGUUCGUCUCAAGAGGAACUAUCUUUACUGACUGAUACAUGUGCAAGUGAUACUUUACACACCAGUUCGCCCAUCAAUUUAAACAGUGAAACAAUUCUGAAGACAACUUGUGACUUCCUGAAAUUUAUAUAUUUAAUAACAAGAACCAAAGUGAUAUUGAAGAUACCUGUAAGAACUCUGAAGAUAUUAUUAUUAUUAUUAUAGUUAUCUGACACUAUACAUUAUAGCAACUGUAUAGACAUUAAGAUACGUCAACUGAAGAUAUUAACGCGGCACCAGCAAAUCAAGUUCCUAAACUAAUCGCCGACGAAAACAAACCACCCUCAGAACCAAAGUAGAAACUCACGCCGACAAUGGCAUUGAUGAAUUUCAGCGUGUCAUACACACCCACUGCCACUCCUGCAAGUCCGUUUUUGGCUGCUGCAGCAUCAGCAAGUGCCAUCAGUGGUUUUAAUUCUGCAGCCGUAAAUUCCUUACUGUAUUCUCAGUCUGCACACCACCAGCAAAGAGCGGCAGAACAAGCUUACAGAAACAACGUUCCUCCCCCACCUUCAGCACCAAACAGAAGAACGACAGCUCCUAGAAGACCUAGCAAUGACCCUUACGGCAACGAAGAACCUCCUAUACAAGACCAGCAGUCACAACAGAGGUCGCCAAGAUAUUACAGCGAUGAUAAUUACAGGAGCAGCAAUACAGCUGGAACAUCACAACGGUAUUCCUCAUCGUCAACAAACAAGGAUGAAUAUCCUACAAGACCAUCAGGAUAUACAAGAAUAGAGAACAACGAAUAUAGCAAUCAGCCUGGGACGAAGACAGCUCUCCAUGCUGUCCUAGAUUAUGAUGAUGAUUUUGAUGACUACAGUUACGAUGAUGAUGACGUAGAUGUACCAUCGUCUUACCAGCAUGGAAGUUAUCCUGCUGUGACACCCAUACAAGGACCGAUCUUCAUUAAGAAUGGAAGUGUUCCUGUCGUUCCACUGUACUCAUAUCCCGUCCUCAAGAACGGGACAUUCGUCCAGAUACCCAUAUUAUGGACAGCAUUGUCCCUAGCACUGGGUUUGGAAAUUCGAGGAGAGAUCAUCCGAGGUGUUCCUUGCAUCAAACGCUUUCAUCAAUUAUUCUGUCCCACCGCUGGUAACAGUUACCCUAUAGAGAGGAUUGAACGAUUUAUUGAUGAGAACAAGGCGUUGAUGAAGAGGAUGUAUGGAGAAUUCACGAUGAGCACGGAAUACGGACCGCCCUCCAGAGAAACAUACGAUCAACCGGCUAAAAGGAAUGUCAAGCGGGAAGCUGCAGGUGGAGGGGGGGAUGGUGGCGGUGGUGCUCAAGAUGGCAAGAAAAAGACUAUGCCUCCUGGAGUCCCAGACAUACACACUCUUCCAGGGCCAGACCCAAUAGCCGAAACCAGCUCCAGUGGAGGAGAAUCUUACUUUUCAAAACUAAGACAUACAAGACAAUCAUUCCGGAAUAACCAAUCAAGUGAGAGUGGGCGUGUGGAUGCUUGUGAAUCCAAGGUGGAGAUAGUAACACCAUAUUGGGCUUCAAACAGUGCUGGGAAGAUUCGAGCUAUUGUCAAUACACAACAUUUUGAACAGGCCAUUCACCAAGAAGUUUGUUCAAAUAAGUUGCAGACAAAGAGGUGUUCAGGAGACUGUGGAUGCGAACAGAAAUACAAGUGGCAUCGUUUAUUGGCUUAUGAUCCCGACAAUGAUUGUAAAGGAAUUUUUAUGGACUGGUUCCUUUUCCCAUCUUGCUGUGUAUGUCGCUGUGCACCUGCAUUCGGAAACAAAUGACAAGAAAUGACUGCUCCGUCACAUUACAAAAUUAGCCUGAAUAGAAAGGAGUAGCAGUAUGUAUAAGUGGGGUACUCAUUCAUGUCGCCUUUCGGUUUACGACUAAUAUAUUAUCAAUAUCACAACGAAAGUGACUCUGUUAAUAUGUUUCUAUAAACUACUUACGUAUCGCAUAUUUUUAUUUCUGUAAUGGUUUAUGUACUUGAGAGUGAGGAAUGGGAGAAAUGUCCUCAAGUAGACUGAGAUAAACUUUAAACAUUAUAUUAAAGCACUGAUGAUUUAAAAUAUGUCAUCAGCAGCAUCAUUGAUUCUUCAGAUCAACAUCUGGUUUUUGAAUGAUACAAUAACUAAAGGAAUGUCUUUAUUUGUGUGCCAUCUAACGUCUAUCCAAGAAAUUACCAAAAUUUCCAACUGUAAAAAUUAUGCAUUUUAACAGUUCAGCUCUGAAAAUUAUACUACAGAUCUGUAAUUAUGGAACCGAAGAUAUAUUUCAGUAUCAAUUUGUAUGAGUAAUAUUUGCCAGUGAGUGAUGGAACGGAGACCACGGAGAUGAUGGAUAGAUGACGUGGAGGAGGAUGUGAGGACGAUGGGAGUGAGGGGAUGGAGAAGAAUUGUAAAUGAUAGGUCAGAAUGGAAAAAACUCUUCGAACAAGCUAAGACCCACACAGGGUUAUAAUGCUACAAGAAGAAAAAGAAGAUUUGCCAGUAUUCUUGAAAAUUUUCAUUACUCAGUCCAUACACAAUAGCUUCCAUGUUUCUGAAUUUGGAUGAGGUUCUGAAAGGUUUCAAAUACAGGCUUCAUAUUCAUAAUCAUAUGAUUUUUUUUUCUUCCUUUCAGUACUUCUAAUCACUUGACAUUCAAUGCUGAAUUGAAGUCAACAGUAUAAUGUAUGAUCAGUGAUAUAAUUAUAAUGUAAAAAUACACAAAAACUGCUCUAUGACAUUCGUGUUUCAAUGGUUUGCUUUGAAUGAUUUUAACCUCUUCGGCUUGGUUUGUAUUAACAUAGACUGGAUUUUAAAUUAUUUGAAUAGCUAAUAAAUGUGAAUUUAAAAUAGCAACAUAUUAACAGAUGAUUCGAUUGAAAUGAAGUGUUUGAUAGACAUAUUUGUGUUUUAUCAUUGAGUGUAUGAUGUUGAGUGAAUAGUUCACCACAAGAGAGAACAAAGAAUAAUUUUGCAAACUACUUAAGCUACAUUUUAGGUGUUCAAAAAACAUUGUUACCUUAAUUGAAGUUUUCAAAGUUAUUAUUAGAAGUGUGAAGUUUUUUAUUAUAAAAAUGUUUCAAUAAUGAUGAUGUUCUUUUAGAAUCAAUAUAUAUUCUUUAAUUUUGCAGUUAUUACAAAGAAAUCACAGUUUUUACCAUGUCUGAUAUAUAUAUAUAUGCAUUUUAUUAAUAAUAAUUAAAUUAAAGAAUUCUUCAAUUAUAAUUAUAAUAUCUGAUAGUAUGUAUAUAUGUUUCUGGUUAGGUGGACUGCUUCAGAAACAGAAAACCGUGGACAGACAGACAACUACUCUGCAUAUUUAUUGUGUUGCACAUAAUGACUUUCUUCAAAUUUUGUUCUGUUUGACACAGGCAGAGCUGAUGAACAGCAGAUCCCAGUGUAAAGACACCUUCACUGUAGACUUUUUUAGAAACUUUUAAAAUUAAUAUCUUCAGAUGCCAAACCAGAAAGGUUUCACUGUAUUUUUUAUUGUUUGUUGUCCUAGGUAUAAAAUACUCUACGUGUUAUAUUUUCCUGUUCAGUGGCCUAUUUCAAAAUGGCCUGACACACAGAGUGUCAUUUGCAAAGCUGGACAUAAUACAGUCGCACUUCAGUCGUGUGCUCACAGGCAUGUUCUAUUACCAUGAAACAAACAGGAGUCAAAUUGCAUUAGAACCAUUUGGAACCUCUCUGUGCAAUUUAUUUAAGGUUACAAUGAAAGCAAAGGAUAUUAUAUGUUUUAAAUAAGAAUAUGUAAAACUCCAUAUGAGUAUGAGAGUAUGAAUUUGAUAUUGUUAGGUGUAAGAUACAUAUUUUAUUAUGAAUAUUUCAAUAAUAGAAUUAGUAUUCAUAAAUUUAUAUCACAGUAUCCUGUUGUGAUUGAUACUAGUUACUUUUUGGUUAAACCGUAGCUGUUCAUACAACUUUUCAGCAUUUACUGCAAUUAUACCGCUCUAUUAUUUUCUGCCACACUAGUGUUGAAUAACAUUUCAAUCAACAUGAUCAUCCUCAGGUUUACCUGGACACUUGCACAUUUGGGUCAUAUUGAUUUGUUACCUUUAACAUUUAUAGCCCUAGGUGACCAUACACAUAUCUGAAAACUGUUAGCCCAGCUGGACUUGCUAACAACAUGUUGGUCAUACAAUGAGACAUUAUGUUCUCACAUGAAAUAAUUAUAUGAAAAGUUUAUAAUUUUCACAAGAAAUAAGUUUGUUUGCCAUGUCUAUUUAUAAUGUGUAUAGACGCUACUAAAAUUAUAAUUUUUUGUUUUAUUGGACUGUUUUCUGAUGUUCUGCACUUUUAGCAUUUAUUAAAAUGCUCUCUGUCAGUUAGCACCACUGGUAUUUUAAGUGGUACACAGAAGGAUCCACACUGAAGUUAAAGAAUAAAUAAAAUGCAAUAUAUUAUUAAUACCUAUUAACAUAUUUCAUAAAUGUAUAUCUAAAUUGUCAGUUUUCCUGCUUUGUGGUCAUACUGUAUUUAAUUAUGGAAAUUCUUGUACUGUGUGAACAUGUAAUCUUAUGCUCAUUUGUUGUUGCGUGGUCUUGUUAUGUUGCUGGGGCAGUCUUAUUUAGGUGUGUGGUCACCCUGACAAGCAACAUGAUUUUCAGAUGGAACAGUGCCACAAUACAGUAAUAUAAUUCCAAUAAACAUUGAAAAUGUUGUAUGAACAGUAAUGGAUUAACUGAACAAUAACUGGAAUUAGUGUUGUUUCAAUAAAUAUAUUAAAUAUGACACAGUGCA